UAGUUGCUCAACACACAAAGCAGAACUCCGCAACCUCCGCGUUAGCAAGCCUCGCUUCGCUCUUGUGGAUCCGCAUCCAAAGCAUCUGUUGGCGGCGUAAACCCAUUGCGCACUGCCGACCUUUCGAAGAGCAAGAACCGGCUGACUGUGGAUGCCUGACGUUUACUUAAAGGACCGCCAUUACCUUUUGACUUUUAAACCUCCAAAGCAGGAUUUCAGGUCAUGGAGUCUUUGAGCGACCCAACUGGAGACGGCAAGUCGUCUGCGUGUCAGUGCGCACCUAAACCCGCACUCUACCGGUGGCCUCCGGGUCUCCCCGUCGCCGUGUGCAUCCUGCUGUCCCUUUGCUCCAUAAGCGUGUGUCUCCUCAUGAGCGUCAAGACCCACCGGCUGGAGCAGCGACUCCAGAUGGUACUGGACCGAGCGCCCGCCUUCCACCCGCCGCUUGGGGCUUUAAUCCACGAGGAUGGGACUCUGGUGCCUGAGUUGAGCUCCUCCGUGGGGAAACUCGUGGAAGAGAAAGUCAUGGUGCUCAUGCCAAAGAUGCGAUCAACUCGAGAUGUUGGCCAAGACUGCGCCUGUCCUCCAGGGCCUCCCGGAAAGCGUGGAAGGAUGGGAAGACGAGGGGAACCGGGUAAGUCAAACCCACCACCUGGCAAGGCGGGACGGGAUGGAUACCCGGGUCCACUCGGCUUGGAUGGUAAACCGGGACCACCGGGUCUCAAGGGAAGCGAGGGACCGAUGGGGCCCAAGGGAGAAAAGGGUGACCAAGGAGACAUCGGACCGAGGAUGGUCUAUCCUCGAUACGAUCACGGCUUUCUCGCCGGUGACCAGUCCAGCACUUUUCAGAGACGUUUUCUGAAGGGUGACCAAGGCCAGGCUGGACCUGCUGGCCCCCCGGGUCCUCCAGGUCCCAGAGGUCCGCCCGGGAACACAGGCAAAGACGGACCCCGUGGCCCAACGGGAGAGCCAGGUUUUCCAGGCCGUGAUGGCAUUGAGGGACCUCAAGGAUCGCCUGGGAAGCCGGGAGAAGAUGGUGAGCCAGGAUAUCCAGGACCACAGGGUCCUCCUGGAGCAAAGGGUGAAGCGGGUGUUGGAGAAAAAGGAGAGCGAGGCUUGGAUGGACUACCAGGGUCGAAGGGUGAUACAGGAGCAAUAGGAGAGCGGGGCCCCAUGGGAUUUCCUGGUGCAAAAGGCAUCGCAGGCUCCUCUGACAUUAUUGACUUCAAUGGGAAGCUUCUAGACGCUUUCCAGGGCCCACCAGGACCACCUGGCCCCCAAGGUCCUCCAGGAGAAAAGGGGGAGCUCGGUUUACCAGGGCCAGCUGGAGUGGAUGGAGAGAUGGGAUUUAAAGGUGACAUCGGUGAAAUGGGACCACCAGGGGAUCGAGGAGAAAAGGGAGAGAUGGGGCUUUCGGGGCCUGCGGGUGUUGAUGGACAGAAAGGAGAGAAGGGCGACUGCAGACUGGAUGACAACCUGGUUCAAAUGAUUUCCCAACCGGGUCUUCCUGGCCCACCAGGCCCGCCUGGAGUACCCGGGUCCCCUGGAGCUAUGGGGUUGCACGGAAUGCCUGGACCUAAGGGGGAGCCAGGAUUUGGAAUCAGAGGGGAGAAGGGUGACGUUGGUGCACCAGGAACAGACGGAUUAGACGGACUUCCUGGUUCACCUGGAUCUCCCGGCCUAGUGGGUCUACCUGGGGCUAAAGGAGAAAGAGGCAGACCAGGGGAACCUGGACUUGAUGGUUUGCCAGGCUCUAUGGGAGAGAAAGGAAACAGGGGGGAACGAGGGGAGAAGGGAGACAGAGGAAGCGUCGGAAAGAGAGGACUGAAGGGUCAGAAGGGAGAACAAGGUCCUCCUGGUCUGGACCAACCUUGUCCUGUGGGUUGUGAUGACAAAAAAGAUGUCUCUCGUGCGGAAGGAGCACUCUCUUCUCCUCCUCCUCCUCCUCUUCCUCCUUCUGCCCCUGUGGCCCUUUGUCCUGUGGGACACGACGGGCUGCCCAUACCAGGCUGCUGGCACAAGUGAUGACUAACCAGCAGCAUGGAAUCUGUACAUAUUGUUAUGGUAUAUAUUGCAACUGAUUACCUUUUCAUUUUUUAUAUAAUAUAUUGAAGCAUGGACACCUCCACGGUAUUAUUAAGAACUCCAGAGAUCCAUGUUGUUUAGAAAAAAAAAGCAGCCACGCUUUAAGGAACUGAACUGGAAGCGGGACCAGAUGCAUCGUGUUGGGAGUCGAAAGUGUCGUUACUAACAAAGGCUGACCGACACAGGCUGAUUGGAUGCUUGGAUGUCUUUUUCCUCUCUGUUUUUCCGGAAAAAAAGGAGGAGAUGGCGAGGCAGAAGCUUAAACGUAAGCGUCUCGUUCAGCCGUGAGGGCCUGCUUGGAGAACAGGAACACUUAAAGGAGGCGGGAGCUCAACAUGCACUGCCUUGGUGUCGCCAUGAACACUUAAAAGGCUCCAUAAUGGAGACUCUCCAGCAGGGGGCGACAAAUCCACUUCCGCGAUUCCCCACCCCGGGAUGCUGUGACUGAUGAAGGAAGCAUUGACAGCACGUGCAGUAUUAUGCUUGGGUAUUACGGGAAGAAUUAACUGCAUAAUUACGACGUAUUUUGCAGGCUUUUUACUGAUUUUUUUAUUUUUUAAUGCGGCAGUAGAAAUGUGCUUUCUCGGCCAGUUACAUUUUGCAUUCCUAUGCAGUUUUUUGUUUGUUUUUUUUUUAAUAUUUGAAGUAGCCAUUACAGUAUUGAUGGUAAACCAGUGCACCAAUCAACAAUCUGUAUUUUUGCCAAUCAACAAUCUGUAUUUUUGCCUUAAAACUGAUGUGUCCCAUGGUUUGGUUUUUAUUGGCCCGUGUUUUUUUUUUAAUAUUUGAAGUAGCCAGUAUUGAUGGUAAACCAGUGCACCAAUCAACAAUCUGUAUUUUUGCCUUAAAACUGGUGUGUCCCAUGGUUUGGUUUUUAUUGGCCCGUGUUUUUUUUUUUAAUAUUUGAAGUAGUCACAACAGUAUUGAUGGUAAACCAGUGCACCAAUCAACAAUCUGUAUUUUUGCCUUAAAACUGAUGUGUCCUGUGGUUUGGUUUUUAUUGGCCCGUGUUUUUUUUAUAUUUGAAGUAUUCACAACAGUAUUGAUGGUAAACCAGUGCACCAAUCAACAAUCUGUAUUUUUGCCUUAAAACUGAUGUGUCCCAUGGUUUGGUUUUUAUUGGCCCGUGUUUUUUUUUUUUUUUUUAAUAUUUGAAGUCGCCACAACAGUAUUGAUAGUAAACCAGUGCACCAAUCAACAAUCUGUAUUUUUGCCUUAAAACUGAUGUGUCCCAUGGUUUGGUUUUUAUUGGCCCGUGUUUUUUUUUUAUAUUUGAAGUAGCCAGUAUUAAUGGUAAACCAGUGCACCAAUCAACAAUCUGUAUUUUUGCCUUAAAACUGAUGUGUCCCAUGGUUAGUUUUUUAUUGCCCCGUGGUUUUUUUUAAAUAUUUGAAGUAGCCACAACAGUAUUGUUGGUAUACCAGUGCACCAAUCAACAAUCUGUAUUUUUGCCUUAAAACUGAUAUGUCCCAUGGUUAGUUUUUUAUUGGCCCGUGUUUUUUUUUUAAUAUUGGAAGUAGCCAGGACAGUAUUGAUGGUAUUUUGCCUUAAAACUGGUGUGUCCCAUGGUUAGUUUUUUAUCGGCCCGUGUUUUUUUUUUUUUUUUUUAAUAUUUGAAGUAGCCACAACAGUAUUGACGGUAAACCAGUGCACCAAUGAACAAUCUGUAUUUUUGCCUUAAAACUGAUGUGUCCCGUGGUUAGUUUUUUAUUGGCCCGUGGCGCAUCAUAGACACAAAACAAAACCCCUCUCAGGCACAAUGUACAGAAAUGCAAAUAUAACAUUUUUGGCCGUUUUAAAAAAUAUAAUGUCUUUCAUUAUUUCUAGUUUUUUUUUAGUACGUCGCCAUUGAUGGAAAAAGUUAGGACACCCUUUUUCACUUAUUGACUGAUCAGGAGAUUUUCAUUCUUUUGCUUCGCUGUUGCUGCUGACUUAAAUGUGUUGUUUGUAUGAUAGUUUUGAAUGAAUAUUAGUCAUUUAACCUGAGGAACUAACCGACUAAAGUAUGACAUUUGGGUCAGUUAUGUGGAUUUUUUUUUUUUUUUAAUAUGAAUGUGUGUGUGCCUUAUUUGAAUUUCCGACAAAAUGUUACAGAACCUUUAUUGGUUGGUGUUUGCAUCACAUUUACUGGAUAUUAACGAAUGUGUUUAGAGUCGGCUUCCUAUACAGUGUAUGUAAGGUUUUAAGACAUACUGUACUGUGAUAUUAUAUAAGAAUAGGGCCUAAAAAAAAAUUAAAAUAGCAAAAUUUUAUUGAAGAACUACUUUGUUCUGGAUGGGUACUGCAACAUGCAUGUGUCUGUUUUAAUUAAUAUCUCUCAUAUAUAGUUUUAUUAUGAGUCUGGCUGAGAUGCUCAGUCGUCUAGCCAAGGACUGGUUGAAUCCAAAUAGUUCGGGGACUCUAUUGGACCUUGCUUGACCUCGGCUGGUGGGCUGACUGUUCUCUCCAAUGCACAUUGCAAUUCUUUGUAUGCAAUCCAGAUAAAGUACACUGUUUUAUUUUGUAUUAAAAUGUUUUUUUCUGUAUUAUUAAUCAGGAUUUGAAAUCACCAAAGUGCCAGAGUCCCGUUAUUCUUUCACUUUCAGUGCAUUCAAUUGACUUUAUGUACAUAAAGUUUUAUUCACGUAAUUGUACCAGGAAAAUGUUGUGUAUUCUUAAUUAUUUGAUUUUAGUCAUAUGAAUGGUUGAAGUGUUUUCUCUGUAAUGCACACUUUUUUUUUUCGAUUUGACUGGAAGCUGUCAACAUUUGAUUUCCUCCGCAGAUCACUUUUAAGGCUUAAUGGAAUCUUUAACAUUAGCCCAACGACUGGAUUGUUUGGUGUUGUAGCCAGUAAUCUAAUAUCGCAGUAUUAGCUUGACUUUGGGAGAAUGUUUUGGGUGUGUAUUUGGUUGUAAGAGAAUUAAGCUAUUUUUGUAAUUGUUGUUGUUUAAAUAUACAGUAUGUGUAACUUGGUUAUUUUAACAUGCAGACUAAAAUAAAAGUAUGAUUUCAUGCGUUUUUUUUUUUGUCCCGUAUGUCUUAGUAAGUAUAAAUUAUUAGACAUGAACAUGACAAUUUGAAUAUGAUCAUUGAUUUUCAGUUUCUAAUAAAGCUGGCGUGAAACAUAUUUUUU